AGAGACAAGACAGUGUCAAGAUGAUCCUGUUUUGGGUUACACUGCUUCUUCAUCAAGGAUAUACGCUGGUUCCAGUGACCACAGUUCAACUUGGUGAACCUGUAACCUUCCUCUGCGCUCUGCCUAUUACUGAGAUCAGCCAUAGAAAACUCCUAUGGUAUAAGCAAAGUGCUGGGGAUACUCUGAAAUUAAUUGUGACAAUGCGGAAAUCCCAGGAACCCGAGUAUGCACCGGAGUUUUCUGAAUCGAGAUUCAGUGUAAACAAUUUAAACAAUUAUUUCAACUUAACCAUUCUGUGGACAAUCCAAGAAGAUGAAGGAAUGUAUCACUGUGAAAUAGCAGAGUGGACUGCAAAUCCUGAAUGGAGUGGGACAUAUUUGUUACUAAAAGGAAAAACUCAGAGGACAACAAACUAUACUGUCAUUCAGGGACAGACAAUAUCUGAUCCAGACUGUCCAGGAGACUCGAUGACUCUCCAGUGUUCAGUCCUCUCUGAAUCUGAGAAUAAGACGUGUCCAGGAGAUCACAGUGUGUACUGGUUCAGAGCCGGAUCAGAUAAAUCUCAUCCAGACAUCAUUUACACUGAUGGAAAUGGACAUGAUGAAUGUGACAAGAGAUCUGACUCUCAGAAAAGCUGUGUUUAUCACUUCUCUAAGAACGUCAGCUCCUCUGAUGCUGGGACUUACUACUGUGCUGUGGCCGCAUGUGGAGAGAUAUUAUUUGGAGAUGGAACUAAAGUGGACAGUCAAGGAGCCAGUUUUUGGUCACAGAAGGCCAGUGCAAUUCUUUUCCUGCUGUGUGCUGUCUUGGCUAUAAGUCUGAUUGUUAUAGCCUUCCUCACUUACAACAUGAAUACAAAAAAUAGGGAUUGUGGGAACGCCGCUGUCAUCCUGGAACAAAACAGUGGUUAUCAGAAAACACAACAGAGAGAUGAGGAGACAUGGAUUUAUUCUGCUGUCGUCUUCGGCAUGAUGAAAGCUGAUGGUGCAAUAAAGGAUGCAAAAGCAGCGGAGAGACAGGGGAUCUAUGCUGCUGUCAAGGCUUUUGGGUUGGAUUAGAGAGUUAACAGGUGUGUUUGUCAUCAGUUGGUGCUGUAUGAUCCAGUUAAUGUUAGUCUGUAAGGAGCGAAAGGGUUUGUUAUACUGCCUAUGGCUUUAAGGCAGUAUUGUACACGUUAUACUGUUUAUAGUUUUUAAUGUUGUAUAUAUGUUUUUUCUAUAUGUUUAAACAUAGAUAGAUUGUGUCUUUUUCAUGCAAAUAUGAACACAUGGGAGGGGCGCCCCUGUGGCUUAGUGGUUAAGAUGCCGAAUAUAAACUAAGUCUGCCUGGAGAUCUUUGUUGCAUCUUUGUCCAACAUUUCCUGUCAUGUUUCUACUGUCUGUAAUAAAGGUUAAAAAUGUCCAGAAAUACACAAAGUAAAAUUUUUAAUGUUAAAAUGGAUAUUGUUGUUUUUUACCACUAAAAGUUAAAGGCAAACGUGAUGGUUAGUAAAAUCCAUUUGAGGAAAAACUACUGUAGUCAAAAUGAAAGACCAAGUAAGGAAAUAGGGAUACAUCGUUAAACCUGUCCAAUCCAUUGAAUCAGUACUGGUGAACCAAAUAUAAAGAGGUUUACAGAUUUUA